GCACAGUGCAGUUGCAUCAUUCUCUUAACUUUUUGCGUUAGUGCCUAAAAAACAAACAAUAAAAAAGAUGCUUCGAUUCCUUUUUGCGUGCAGAUUAAACACAAGUUAUAAUCCUCUCUGUUCCUUGACAAUUUCCCUACACACACAAAGUCAAAUAUUCUGAUAGUUGGCCUCAACUCUCGUCGUGCAUUAGUGUGAGUAUCGCUCAACUAAGCGAGCCAUACACAAACGAAAAAAGAAGAAGAGAGAUUUCUGUUUAUUGCAUUUUGUGGCAUUAUGGAGAAUGGGAACGGUGAUAAGCCGACGGUGAUGGUAACGAAUGAUGACGGAAUUGACGCACCUGGUUUGAGAGCUCUUGUUCGUGCCCUCGUUUCCACCAAUCUCUUCCAUGUUCUCGUUUUUGCUCCUGACUCUGAAAGAUCGGCUGCUAGUCAUUGUGUUUCAUGGCAACGCACAGUUACUGUUAAGAAAGUAGAUGUCCCUGGCGCCACAGCUUUUGCAGUUUCUGGAACUCCAGCAGACUCAACUUCCCUUGGGAUCUCCAAAAAGAUCUUUCCUUCAGUACCUGAUCUGGUUGUCAGUGGCAUUAAUUUAGGCUGCAAUUGCGGUUAUGACAUUGUUUAUUCAGGGACAGUGGGUGGUGCACGAGAGGCUUUCUUCCAUGGCAUUCCUUCUGUCGCUGUAUCAUAUGACUGCUAUAACAUGGUUGGUCGAAACCUCAGUGUUGAUGAUUUCACAUUGUGUGCUGAAGCUUGCAUACCCAUCAUCACUGCGAUAUUGGCCGAGAUCAAGAACAAGACUUAUGCUCAGAAUUGCUUUCUGAAUAUAAAUGUACCAAGAGAAGUUGGCAACCACAAGGGCUAUCGACUGACUCAGCAGGGGAAAUGUUUUUACAAAAUGGGAUGGACACAAGUUACUUCUGAAGCAAAAGCAGGUACAACGUCACCUAUAAAAGUAAUGGAGAUAAAACCAUCAGGAAAUACAGAAGAGAGCACAUUAAGCACCAAAGAAGAACAUCAAGUGUUUAAGUUAGACACUGCAGAAACACCAGCAGCGGAUAAUGACGAUACUGAUUACUCAUCCCUUCAAGCAGGAUAUAUCUCUGUUACUCCGCUUUCCGCCUUAUCUCCUGCAGAGAUAGAUAGUGUUGCAUUCUUCAAAAAAUGGCUUCCUGCUGUCUGAACACUUGUCAUCCUCUCUUUGUUAAUGCGCAUAACAAGCUCUGCUGUGGCAUCACAGGUGUAGCAUUAGUCUAAUGGCAAUCGGGAUUUCAUGCUUAUCUCCAGCAUCCUUCCGGCGAUCUAAAGCUGAUGAUUCUCAUGUAGUAGCGUUAGUUAUUCUGCAAAGUC